AGAACGGAUAAGGAAGCAGCGGCGCCUGGCGGAGGAGCGGCUGGAGGAGCUGCGGUGCUGGCAGGCGGAGAGGAGGUGCCCGGCUGCGGGUCUUGGCAAGGGGGCCUGAAGAGCGAGGGCAGGUCCAGAUGGAAGCAGACACCCGCUGCUGCAGACUGUGGGGCUCCCCCAUGCGGCUGGAGGAGGAGCCACUGCUCCCGGACCAGCAGUCCCAUGCGCUGUCACACACGUCGCCCGACUGGCCCCCGCCUCUGCUCGAGGGCAGGCCAGGCCACCUGCCAGUGCCCCAUUCCUGCAGCGUGGCCCCCCAGGCUCAGGUCCUGAAAGGAGUCAUGCGGGUAGGCAUCCUGGCGAAGGGCCUCCUCCUGUGUGAGGAAAGGAACGUGCGUCUCGCUCUGCUCUGCCCUGUGAAGCCCACGCACAGCCUGCUGCGGAGGAUCGCUCAGCAGCUGCCCCGGCAGCUCCAGGAGGUGACCGAGGAUGAAUAUGAGGUCUCCUCUGACCCCGAAGCCAACAUUGUCAUCUCCUCCUGCGAGGAGCCCAGGAUGCACGUCACCGUAUCCGUCACCUCACCCCUGAUGCGGGAGGACCCCUCCACGGACCCAGAAGGUGUGGAGGAGCCACAGGCUGACCCAGGUGACGUCCUGAGCCGGGAGAGGUGCCUGGAGUCCCUGGCCGCCCUCCGUCAUGCCAGGUGGUUUCAGGCUCGAGCCAGCGGCCUGCAGCCAUGUGUGAUCGUCAUCAGGGUCCUGCGAGACCUCUGCCGGUGCAUGCCCACCUGGGGGGCCCUGCCAGCCUGGGUCAUGGAGCUGCUGGUGGAGAAGUCCAUGAGCACUGCGGCUGGGCCCCUGGGCCCCGGGGACGCAGUGAGGCGGGUCCUGGAGUGUGUGGCCACAGGGACGCUCCUGCCAGACGGCCCCGGGUUCCAGGAUCCCUGCGAGAGAGACCAGACAGACGCCCUCGAGCCCAUGACCCCCCAGGAGCGGGAGGACGUGACCGCCAGCGCCCAGAGAGGAAGAGGAGAAAGUCUCCGUGGCUGCUGGAGUUUCUUAAACAUCCCUCUCAUGCCGGGACGUUUCCCUGCUGAACGAAGAGAAGGCAGACCUCAGCGAGGGACCUGUGGUCAGCAGCAGCUUCUGGUGAGCCCCUGCUUCCUCCGAGCCUGGCACCCCCCACCCGUCUCAGCCAGGAUGCCAACGAGGCGCUGGACCCCGGGCACCCAGUGUAUCACAAAAUGCGAGCACACCCGCCCCAAGCCGGGGGAGCUGGCCUUCCGCAAGGGAGACGUGGUCACCAUCCUGGAAGCCUGCGAGAACAAGAGCUGGUACCGCGCCAAGCACCACACCAGCGGGCAAGAGGGGCUGCUGGCAGCCGGGGCGCUGCGGGAGCGGGAGGCCCUCUCCGCUGACCCCAAGCUCAGCCUCAUGCCGUGGUUCCACGGGAAGAUCUCCGGCCAGGAGGCAGUCCAGCAGCUGCAGCCGCCCGAGGACGGGCUGUUCCUGGUGCGAGAGUCCGCGCGCCACCCUGGCGACUAUGUCCUGUGCGUGAGCUUCGGCCGCGACGUCAUCCACUACCGCGUGCUGCACCGCGACGGGCACCUCACCAUCGACGAGGCCGUGUUCUUCUGCAACCUCAUGGACAUGGUGGAGCAUUACACCAAGGACAAGGGCGCCAUCUGCACCAAGCUGGUGAGGCCAAAGCGGAAGCACGGGACCAAGUCGGCUGAGGAGGAGCUGGCCAGGGCGGGCUGGUUGCUGAACCUGCAGCAUUUGACACUGGGGGCGCAGAUCGGAGAGGGCGAGUUUGGAGCCGUCCUGCAGGGUGAGUAUCUGGGGCAAAAGGUGGCCGUGAAGAACAUCAAGUGUGACGUGACGGCCCAAGCCUUCCUGGAUGAGACAGCCGUCAUGACGAAGAUGCAGCACAAGAACCUGGUGCGUCUCCUGGGCGUGAUCCUGCACCAGGGACUGUACAUCGUCAUGGAGCACGUGAGCAAGGGCAACCUGGUGAACUUUCUGCGGACCCGGGGCCGAGCCCUCGUGAACACUGCCCAGCUCCUGCAGUUUUCUCUGCACGUGGCCGAGGGCAUGGAGUACCUGGAGAGCAAGAAACUGGUGCACCGUGACCUGGCCGCCCGCAACAUCCUGGUCUCCGAGGACCUGGUGGCCAAGGUCAGCGACUUUGGCCUAGCCAAAGCAGAGCGGAAGGGGCUGGACUCAAGCCGGCUGCCUGUCAAGUGGACGGCGCCCGAGGCUCUCAAACACGGGAAGUUCACCAGCAAGUCGGAUGUCUGGAGUUUCGGGGUGCUGCUCUGGGAGGUCUUCUCCUAUGGACGGGCUCCGUACCCUAAAAUGUCACUGAAGGAGGUGUCAGAGGCUGUGGAGAAGGGGUACCGCAUGGAACCCCCCGAGGGCUGUCCAGGCCCCGUGCACAUCCUUAUGAGCAGCUGCUGGGAGGCGGAGCCUGCCCGACGGCCGCCCUUCCGCAAGCUGGCAGAGAAGCUGGGCCGGGAGCUGCGCAGCGCGGGCGCCCCGGCCUCCGUCUCAGGGCAGGACGCCGACGGCUCCACCUCGCCCCGAAGCCAGGAGCCCUGACCCCACCCGGCAGGGCCUCUGGCCCCAGAGGACCGAGAGAGUGGGGAGUGCGGCAUGGGAGCACCGGUCAGGCCCAAGGAGGGUCCAGGCCAGCGAGGUGUCCUCCUGGUGCCCACAGCAGGGGCUGGCCCGCGUAGGGGGCUCCGGGCGGCCCAUGGACACCCCAGACCUGCGAAAGCGAAGGAUGAUCGCCCCGAUAAAGAUGGAUUCCAAGGA